AUGCAAGUUAGAAUGGCUCUUGAAAAUGGCUCUUUUGUGACUGAAUUCAUCCUGGUGGGGCUAACAGACCGGCCAGACCUCCAACUCCCUCUGUUCUUCCUGUUUUUCCUAAUCUAUAUGAUCACAAUUUUGGGAAAUUUGGGACUGGUAACUCUAAUUAGGCUGAAUUCACAGCUUCACACUCCCAUGUACUUUUUCCUCUUCAACUUGUCCUUCAUUGACCUCUGUUAUUCUUCUGUGUUUACACCCAAAAUGCUCAUGAACUUCAUAUUAAAGAAGAAUAUUAUCUCUUAUAUGGGGUGCAUGGCGCAGCUCUAUUUUUACUCCUUUUUUGUUAUUUCUGAGUGCUACGUAUUGAUGGUAAUGGCCUACGAUCGCUAUGUGGCCAUCUGUAAGCCACUUCUGUAUAACGCUGCCAUGUCCACUAAAGUGUGCUGCAGCCUAAUGCUUGGUUCAUACCUGAUGGCAUUUUCUGGUGCCAUGGCCCACACAGGAUGCAUGCUGAGACUGACCUUCUGUGACACAAACACCAUCAACCACUAUUUCUGCGACAUUCUCCCUGUGAUGCAGCUCUCCUGCACCAGCACCUAUGUCAAUGAAAUGGAGGUUUUCAUUGUGGUGGGGAUCAACAUCAUUGUGCCCAGUGUCACCAUCUUCCUGUCAUAUGGUUUCAUUGUCUUCACUGUCUUCCACAUCAGCUCCUCGGAGGGCAGGCUCAAAGCCUUCAGCACCUGCAGUUCUCACAUAGUUGCUGUUUCUCUCUUCUUUGGAUCAGGUGCAUUCAUGUAUCUUAAGCCAUCCUCUGCUGGAUCUAUGGAUGAGGAAAAAGUCUCCUCUGUCUUUUACACCAUUGUGGUUCCCAUGAUGAAUCCUUUAAUCUAUAGCUUGAGGAACAAAGAUGUGAAACUGGCACUGAGAAAAUCCUUGAACAGGAGAAACUUUUGA